AUAAAUCUUUUAGACCUCAGAAACCAUAAAGUAGAACCGUCCCAAAGUCUCUUCAAAAAGCCUCUCCUGUAACGACCCACAAGCUCCAAAAGAUCAAGCCACAAGUUAAGCAAGAAAAACGGGCAAGGGUAAGAGAAAGCAAAGCAAAAGAACAGUCCAGAGACAAAGACAAAGACAGGGCAUCGCCAUUUUUGUUCUCCAUUCAUGGGCUGUUCUGCUUCAAAAUCCAACACCCUCGACCCUAAGAGCCACCACCUUCAAGAAAAUUUCUCCCCAGAAAGCUCUGCGUUUACUUCUUUUUCUUCACCAGUUCCUAGAGCUCUCUCUCUUCAGACCCCACUUGUUCAUCAUCUUCCUUCAAAGAAAGGUGAUUCUCACCACCUUGUGUCUCUCACCUCCACCACUUAUGGCUCUCUUCUCCUUGUUGAACCUCUAAAAUCCAAAUUGAACGGGCGAAAUCCACCUGAUCAACCUAAAACCCAUGUCCCUGCUGACCCUGGUAAGUCUUUUUCACCAGACUCUGUCAUCAAUACAUGGGAGCUCAUGGAUGGUCUCGAUGAUGACUUGGAUUUCGAAAUGGGUGACUCUUUGAAGCCGAAGUCAUCGUUUUCUGACCAUGCUGUGCAGGUUAGCUUAAAAUCCAGUUCAUCUCAGCGUUUGGGUUUUGAUGAAUCUAUUAAAAAGCUUCAGGAUUCUUUUGAUUCUGAGAAAUCUGAGUCAUUUUCAUCGUCAAAGCCGCUGUGGAAGCAUUUAUCAGAGGAAUCAUUUCUGUCAAAAAUGGAUCCCAACGUGGUCUCAAGUUACAGGCGAGCAUUAUCAUCAAGGCAAUUGGGCUACACCAAAGAAACAACCAUAGUUGCAAGAUCAGUGGGCUCUAGUCCCAUGAAUCCUUUACCAACCAACAAUAAUGGGUUCCUUUCGCAUAAUACAGAAGACAAAAUUGUUCUAUACUUUACAAGUUUGAGAGGAAUUAGAAAAACUUAUGAAGACUGCUGUGCAGUAAGGAUGAUUUUCAGAGGUUUUCGAGUUCCAGUAGAUGAAAAGGACAUUUCAAUGGAUGCUUCAUACAGAAAGGAGUUGCAGAGUUUGAUAAAAUGUAAAGCAAUAAGCCUGCCACAAGUGUUUAUCAGAGGGAAGCAUAUUGGUGGAGUGGAGGAGAUCAGACAGCUGAAUGAAGCAGGUGAAUUAGCAAAUAUUUUAGAAGGGUUUCCUGUUAGAGAUCCUAGAGUGGUCUGUGAGAGAUGUGGGGAUGCAAGAUUUGUGCCAUGUCCAAAUUGCAAUGGUAGUAGAAAGGUGUUUGAUGAGGAGGAAGAGCAGCUGAAGAGGUGCAUGUAUUGCAAUGAAAAUGGGUUGAUUCGCUGCCCUGGUUGCUGCUGCUCAUGACAAUGAUAAUUGGGUGAUGCAUAUUAUUUGCAAAAUUUUGCUGCUAGCUUGUUCUUGAUCUUGAGGAAAUGCUAAAGACUAGUGUUGUGGUUGUUUAAUUUUCUUUUUUAAGCUUUUGGGUGUUGUUGUUCAUUGUCUCUUUGAACACUGUUGAGAUGAAAUAAAAAAAAUAAACAAAAUAAAAAGCUUGAUUGUGAA